AUGCCCUGGUGGACUUUAAGAUAUGUCGCUCUACAUCAGCAGAUACUAGAGGAAAGAUCUCCUGAGCUCCUGAACCUGGCGCUCAGCUGCAUAGAGAGAGUGUGCAAAUGCGAGGAGUUGUUUAACAACAUCACGCAAAGGAAUCUGGCCAUUCAGUUACACCUGGAGUGCAGUUACACCUGCCUGACCUACUAUGAGUACCGCAGGGCCAAACAACACUUACAGAUGGCCCAAAAUCUAACGGGACUGGACGUUAACAUGACAGGUGCACUAGGAAAAAGAACGCGUUUUCAAGAGAACUUUCUAGCACAACUCAUUUUGGAUGUGAAACGAAAGGAAGAUUCACCUGUUUCUAAAUCCCAGAGCCCCUCACUUUCACCCACACCCAAAGAAGACUUACCAAAGGACCAUCAGCUGAGUGAUGAUACAGUCCUGAACCAGAUUAACCUAGCGGACCCUUCAGAACAUGAACUCCCAGAUCUCAGCGCAGAAGAACAGGCCCUUAUACUGGCAGUAUGCAUAGACUUUCAGAAGAACAAUCCUGUUCACAAACUAAAUGAUGAGGAACUCCUCGCCUUCACAACGUGUUUGCUGUCUCAACCGAAGUUCUGGGCGGUGGAAGUGACGUCGUUGUGCUUGAGGACUAAACUGGAGAGAAGAAGCUCACGAAGAGUUGAACGUGCCAUGAUGCAAACACAGGCGCUGGUGGAUUUCUUCAGUGAGAAGAAUUGUGACGUGACUGAAAGACUGAAGAUGUUUUACACCUGCAGGGCUCCGCCUCUUUGGGAUCUGCAGAGACAGUUGGCGAGUCUGUUGACUGAUUUGGGUCUGACGAGUUCUGCACUGCUGAUCUACGAGCGGCUGGAGCUGUGGGAGGACGCGGUCGUCUGUCUGGAGAGGAUGGGCCAACACGGCAAGGCAGAGGAGAUUUUGAGGCGGGAACUGGAGAAAAAGGAGACACCGUCUCUCUAUUGUCUGUUAGGAGAUGUGCUGAAGGAUCCCAACUAUUACGACAGAGCUUGGGAGCUCUCCAAACACCGCAGUGCACGCGCCCAAAGGUCCAAAGCUUUACAUCAUCUACGAAACAAAGAAUUCCAGCAGUGUGUGGACUGUUUCGAAAGAUCCCUUAAAAUCAACUCCAUGCAGCUGGGCGUGUGGUUCUCCCUGGGUUGUGCGUAUUUUGCUCUGGAAGGUUACGAAGGGGCCGCCAGAGCUUUUCAGAGGUGCGUCGGGCUGGAGCCAGAUAAUUCAGAAGCAUGGAACAACCUCUCCACAGCGUACAUUAAACUGAGAAUGAAGGAGAAGGCGUUCCGCACUCUUCAGGAAGCACUCAAGUGUAAUUAUGAGCGAUGGCAGAUCUGGGAGAAUUUCAUCGCUGUGUGUAUAGACCUGGGCGAGUUCAGUGAAGCUAUCAGAGCGUACCAUCGGCUCAUGGACAUGAAGGACAAAUACAAGGACGUGGAGGUGUUGGAAAUCCUUGUACGUUCUGUAGUUGAGAACCUGACAGAUCACCAUGGUGACCAGGCAUCUAAUCUUAAAUCUAAAUUACAAGAGCUCUUUGGUCGAGUCUCUGCCCGCUGCAGCACAGAUGCCCAAAUAUGGAGGCAGUACGCUCAUCUCUACGGGGAUGGCCAUAGCAACAACCUAGAAGACAAUGAGAAGGCACUACAGUUCUUAAGUAAAGCCCAUCGGUGUGAGACACAGGCCGCAGGCUGGGAGAAAGACCUCAGCAGCUUCAGAUCUGUAGUGAAAGGGGCCAAAGACAUGGCUAACGUGGCUAUCAGCUGUAGCAGGUCUAAGCAAAAUCCUCAAGAAGGUCUGCAGUUAUUGUCUUCGGCUCGACUCAGUCUGAAGAGUCUGGUCACCAAAGCUAAACAACUCUACACUGAUGUUGCCACAGGGGAACUUCAAGAUGAUGUCACAGGUGACAUCACAGAGCUUGAGCAGCUCAUCACAGAGCUGCAGGACCUGAGUGCACAGCUCCGUAGCCCAUGAGCAACCUGCAUAGUACAUUUAUCCAGCCUUCGAUUGGUUAAUUGGCAGCCUUUGUUUAGUUAAUCAGUAUUUUAACAUCAUGUUUUACACAAGAACUCAUCUGGAGAACUUUUAAUCGCUUCUGUUAAAAGUCAAUCGUCAGCUGGUAGAAAACAGAAAGAAAAGUCUUGGGAAGUGAGAUCAACAUAAACUGACAUUGGAUCAGUUGUCUUAAUGCUAAUCCGAAGUUCCUUGAUCACAUGAUCUGUGUGAAUCCCUAAGGCUGGCAUUGAAUUGCCUAUGCCUUAUGUAUAACAGUGCCUCUAUCCAAUUUAAUAAUAAAUACUCAUAUCUUUCUUAUAUAA